AUGGAUUCUCUCACAACUCAUCCCGCCACUGCGCAGCAGGCCCGGGCCUUCACUGGUCCUGCCUCUUUGUCUUUUCCCGGUGGUGCUGGUGAUCUCACGCCGCCUUCCGAAAAAGACGCACAAAUGGCGAUGGCUCAAGGUACCAACGGAGGUAUGAAUGGUCAGCAGCAGGGAGCGAAUGCCUCAAACGGCAACGGGGUGGCGCCCGCAACUCCCGCUGCUACUCCGGGUGCCAACGCACCAGGAAGCGGCAUUGUGCCUACGUUGCAAAACAUCGUCGCCACGGUCAACCUUGACUGUCGCCUGGACCUGAAGACGAUUGCGCUUCAUGCAAGAAAUGCGGAGUACAACCCAAAGCGUUUCGCGGCCGUGAUCAUGCGUAUCCGAGAGCCAAAGACGACUGCUUUGAUCUUCGCCUCCGGCAAGAUGGUGGUUACUGGUGCCAAGUCGGAAGAUGACUCCAAGCUGGCCUCCAGGAAGUACGCCCGUAUUAUCCAGAAGCUCGGCUUCAAUGCCAAGUUCACGGAUUUCAAGAUUCAGAACAUCGUUGGCUCCUGCGACAUCAAGUUCCCGAUUCGCCUGGAGGGUCUGGCUAGUCGCCACCACAACUUCAGUUCCUACGAACCCGAAUUGUUUCCUGGUCUUAUCUACCGCAUGAUGAAGCCCAAGAUCGUGCUCCUGAUCUUCGUCAGUGGCAAGAUUGUCCUCACUGGUGCUAAGGUCCGUGAGGAAAUCUAUCAGGCUUUCGAGCUGAUCUAUCCUGUGCUUUCGGAUUUCCGUAAAGUUUAA